ACCGGUAGCUUAUCCUUUGUUGCUGUCAAUCGGUGGUCGUAUUUCGGUUUCUGCCUGUCACUUUUUGCACAAUCAACGGGUACAGAGUUUGAAAGUCCUGUACAUUUAUGCAGCCUAAUUAUAUCUUAAUAUCUUGCUUAGUCUCUGAUCAUGAAGAGUUCGAAGGACGCCGUGCAGUCAGCCGCCAAAGAGUUUCUCCAAUUCGUGAAUAGAGGGGUGUCACCAUACCAUGUGGUGGAGGAGUGUAAGAGUCGGCUGCUUAAGGCUGGCUUCAUUGAGCUGAAGGAGGCCGAAUGCUGGGACAUCAAGCCUGCCAGUAAGUAUUUUGUGACAAGAAACUACUCUAGCAUCAUAGCCUUUGCUGUCGGUGGGAAAUUCCUGCCAGGAAAUGGUUUCUCUAUGAUUGGAGCCCACACAGACAGCCCCUGCCUUAGGGUCAAACCCAGGUCUAAGAAGACCCGGCUAGGGUGUCUGCAGGUGGGGGUGGAGUGCUACGGAGGGGGCAUCUGGAACACCUGGUUCGACCGGGAUCUGACCAUCGCCGGCCGCGUUAUGGUCAAGAGUGGGGAUAAGCUGACCCAGAGGCUCAUCCACGUGCCCAGGCCUCUCCUCAGGAUCCCUCACCUGGCCAUCCACCUGCAGAGGGACAUCAAUGACUCCUUCGGCCCCAACAAGGAGAACCACCUUGUGCCCAUUUUAGCCAGUGCUGUGCAGGAGGAGCUGGAGACCGGCUGUGCUUCCUGUGGAGAUGCCUGCAACGCUACCACCACUGUGGAGAAGCACCACCCAGCCCUGGUCAAGGUGCUGUGUUCAGAGCUGGGGGUGCAGCCUGAGGCCCUGCUGGACUUUGAGCUGUGCCUGGCAGACACCCAGCCCGGGGUUCUAGGGGGGGUGUAUGAAGAGUUUAUCUACUCUCCUCGUCUGGAUAACCUCCACAGCUGCUACUGCUCCCUGCAGGCUCUUAUUGACUCUGGAGACACUCUGGCCGGAGAUACCAACAUCCGGAUGGUGACUCUUUACGACAACGAAGAGGUGGGCUCGGAGAGCGCUCAGGGUGCCCAGUCCAACCUGACGGAGUUGAUUCUCAGCCGCCUGUCCUCCACGUCCAGCAACCUCACUGCCUUCCAGCAGGCCGCGCCCGUCUCAUUCAUGAUCAGCGCAGACAUGGCUCACGCUGCGCACCCCAACUACCAAGAGAAGCACGAUGAGAACCACCGCCCAGCCUUCCACAAGGGCCCCGUGAUCAAGUUCAAUAGCAAUCAGCGCUACGCCACAACCGCUGUGACCGCCGCCAUCGUCCGAGAAAUCGCAGGACGGGUCAACGUGCCUCUACAGGACGUGAUGGUGCGCAACGACAGCCCUUGCGGGACCACCAUUGGGCCAAUCCUGGCCUCCCGCCUGGGGAUCCCAGUUGUGGAUAUCGGGGCCCCCCAGCUGUCCAUGCACUCCAUCAGGGAGAUGUGCUGCACUUCCGGAGUGCUCCAGACCAUCACCCUCUUCAAGGGAUUCUUUGAGUUGUUCCCAACUGUGAGAAGCAUGGUGACUGUGGACUAGACGGAUGGGGAGCUACCACAAGCAGACAGAAAGACAGAGGCUCACACUGACAAAUGUUUUGUGUUCGUACCCUCACACACAGCUGCAUACACCACAUGUUAGCAAUUGAUCAAAUCCUGUCAAAGACCC